GCAAUAUUUCAUCUUCUAGCUCUUUAUUUUCUUGAGCUCUCCUGCGUGUCAUUCUCUGCAGUUUGAAGACAUGGGUGUUGAAACUACUAACAAUGAUCAUGGCUACACCCAGAAAGAGGAUGAUGAACAAGUAGCAAGGCAGAAGGCAAUUGAUGAUUGGCUUCCAAUUACUUCUUCAAGGAAUGCAAAAUGGUGGUACUCAGCUUUCCACAAUGUCACUGCCAUGGUUGGAGCUGGUGUCCUCAGUCUCCCCUAUGCCAUGUCAGAGCUUGGAUGGGGUCCCGGUGUGGCUGUGCUGAUACUAUCAUGGAUCAUCACGCUAUACACACUAUGGCAAAUGGUUGAGAUGCAUGAAAUGGUGCCAGGAAAGAGAUUUGAUAGAUAUCAUGAACUUGGUCAACAUGCUUUUGGUGAAAAGCUUGGCCUGUACAUUGUUGUGCCGCAGCAACUUAUUGUUGAAAUUGGUGUGUGCAUUGUGUACAUGGUUACUGGGGGAAAAUCAUUGAAGAAGUUCCAUGAUAUUGUGUGCAGCACAUGCAAACCGAUCAAACAAACGUACUUCAUUAUGAUUUUUGCCUCUGUUCACUUUGUGCUCUCCCAUCUCCCCAACUUCAACUCCAUCUCUGGUGUCUCUCUGGCAGCUGCAGUCAUGUCCUUGAGCUAUUCUACGAUUGCUUGGUCGGCUUCUGUUGAUAAGGGUGUUCAGCCAGAUGUGCAAUAUGGAUAUAAAGCUUCUAGUAAGGCAGGAACAGUCUUUAACUUCUUCAGUGCCCUGGGUGAUGUGGCUUUUGCAUACGCUGGGCACAAUGUGGUCUUGGAGAUUCAAGCAACAAUCCCAUCUACACCUGAGAAGCCAUCCAAAGGACCUAUGUGGAGAGGAGUCAUAGUUGCCUAUAUAGUGGUGGCUUUGUGCUAUUUCCCUGUUGCUCUAAUUGGGUACUGGAUGUAUGGAAAUUCAGUCUCCGACAACAUCCUCAUCACAUUGGAGAAGCCUGUAUGGCUUAUUGCAAUGGCUAACAUGUUUGUUGUGGUCCAUGUUAUUGGAAGCUACCAGAUUUAUGCUAUGCCAGUGUUUGACAUGAUGGAAACUGUGUUAGUAAAGAAAUUGAAUUUCCGGCCCACUAUGAUUCUUCGUUUCUUUGUACGCAAUAUUUAUGUUGCAUUCACAAUGUUUGUUGGCAUUACCUUCCCUUUCUUUGGUGGUCUUCUCGGAUUUUUUGGAGGAUUUGCUUUUGCCCCAACUACAUACUUUCUCCCUUGCAUAAUGUGGCUUGCCAUCUACAAACCAAAGAAGUUUGGCUUAUCUUGGUGGACUAACUGGAUCUGCAUUGUCUUCGGCGUUAUCUUGAUGGUUGUAUCACCCAUUGGAGGGAUGAGGCAAAUCAUAAUUCAAGCAAAGGACUACAAGUUCUACAAUUGAACAACCUUCCAACCUGCAUGAAGGGGAUUGCUAUAAAAGAAAAAUCCUCGAGUGAAGAAACCAAAAUGGUGACAGAAACUAUGGCAACGAACAAAACUAGAUCUUUAAAUAGGGCUAUCCAGUAUUAUUAAGACCCCAAUAGACUGUUUUGGAGUAUUGACAUGCUUCUUGCUCGUGUAAGCUUGAAUGGUGGCCGCAGAUUCAUAAGAGGGUUUCCUACAUGCCAAUACUUUGUUCCUUUUAUUUUUUCACCAUUUGUGUAUGCGUAUAUCAUGCCUUUUCCAUUUCAUGUUUUGUUUGAGCUCAAUUUGGCUUGUCAAUUCUCCCCUUCGAUUACUGAAAUGAAUACAGAUAAAGUGUUUUAAUUUGCAUUUAA